AUGACUGAAGCAUUCGAUUUGAUGUCAAAUACAAUUUUUGACAAUAUUGUAAACACUGAGGAUAAUCAAGAUAUAAAUCUUGACGAUAUUUGGAAAUCUGACCUUUCAUCUUACGAUAUUGACACAAUUCCAUUGCUUCCAACACUGGAUGAAUUCUGUCACGUCAAUAAAAUCGAUAAAGCUGCAACUAACAAUACAAAUAAGCUAGUUCAAGAAGAACCACGUAAUGAAAUCAUUCAUGACUGUAUGUGGUCAGGAACUUGCGUCGAUAAAGCUCAUCCAAUGAAGAGAAAGAACUUUCGUUUCUGUCCUAAUGAAGGUGACAAUUUUGAUGAUUCUGAUAUGGAUCUAGAGACGGAGAUUAUGCUGGAAAACAAUUUACCGGCUACUUUUCAGUCACUGAAUCGAAAUAUGCAGCAAAACGAUCCAGCAAGUAUUUUCCAAGAAAUCAUACAAAAUGCAUCUCAGCCGAGUAGAACUUAUCCUCAACCAUCGUUUCCAAAACCAGUUCCUAAUCAGCAAUUCCCUCAAUUGCAACAAACUUACCAUAACAUUCCAGUUAUCUUUCAAAAUCCAAUUCCUGCUAAAAUUAUGGAAGUUAAAUGUGAACCAACGACAUCCAAUAACUUAAUUAGAUUAGAUAAUGUUAAAUUUGAGCCAAUGGCAACUGAAUCAUACCAAAUGAUUCCCGAACAGCAUCAACAAGUUCCACUUCAACAAGUGUUUUUCUGCAAUGAAGAGCCAAUACAGCCGCAAGCCGUUCCUUACUAUCCACCAACAAAGUACGAGCCAAUUAAUGCCGUACCACAAUAUUAUUAUCCAUAUCCACCAGAAUUUGAUUGUAAUGGGAAUCAAAUUUGUCAUGUAAAUGAUACUGGAUAUUUUAAGAAUAUCCAAUUUACUGUUGUUGAUCAUCAGAACCAGAAACAAAUGAAGCAGAAAUCUCAAGUUAAGCGUAAAGGGCCCAAGAAGACUAAAAUUAAGGACAAGAAGAGUCGCACGAAUGACGAAAUGUGUUUUGAAGAAGGAGGAAGCAAGAAACGUCCACUCUCGCGUCUAUCAAUUGGAAGUGAUGACAAUCCAAUUGCAAAACGCAGCAUGCAUAAUUCGAUGGAACGACAGCGUCGAAUUGGCUUAAAGAAUCUUUUUGUUGAACUUAAGGAAUCAAUUCCGACAUUAGAUGAACGUGAACGCGUUCCAAAAGUGAGCAUCUUGCGUGAAGCAAUCUCUUAUUGUCACAAAUUACAUACAGAUGAGAAACUAUUAGAGGAUUUGAAGCGCAAGCACAAUCGAUUGAUGACACAAUUCCAUAAGCUGCAUAAGAGUAUGAUUAAAUAA